AUGGGGGCAGGGGACUUUAGGGAUGAGUUCCCGGGGUCAGGAGGAGAAAGGGAUGAGCACCAGACACUUGGAAAGGAAGUCGGAUGCUGAGAAGCAGGAUGGGGCAGAGGGAAGCUGGCUCAAGAAGAGCGGGUAAAGAACUCACUCUCUGAGCCCAGAAGUAGCAGUCAGGGGCUCAGGGAUUACAGCUCAGAGCCCCGGAGGGUCUCCGUGUUGCCCCUGUGGUGGAGAAUUACACACAGCUCCCGCUGCAUAGCGCAGGUCCUGGCCUCAGAGCUCAGCCUGGUCGCCUUCGCCCUGAUGCUGGUCAUGGUCUUCUCCAAGAAAUGGCUGUGCCCCUCUCAAAGCCGCUUCUACCAGCGCUGGCCCACCAACGUCAGCACCAGAAUCUACACGGCCACUCACGUCAUGUCCAUGGGGCCCCUGGGGAUCUGCAAAUCCAAGAGCUGUUCCAACUCAGAAAAUUGGAAUGUUAUCCUUAUUUUCUUCACCCUGAUGUUGUUUCCUAUUAACCUCUGGAUCUUUGAGUUGAAGAAGAAUUUAUCAGUCCCCAUCGGCUGGAGCUAUUUCAUAGGCUGGCUGGUGUUUGUCCUCUAUGUCACCUGUGCAGCCCUCUGUUACUUCAACCACCAACACUUCUGGAUGGUGAUUAUGAACCGUCCCUGUGGCACUAAGUUCUGCAGCAACUGCUCCAGCCCUCUACAAAACUUGCUGAAGAAGCCGGUUGUCUCACAUGCCUCUAUCACCCAGAGGGAAGUCCCGGAUCCUGAGCAAAAGAAGGCAUCUUCGUAA